UUAUUAUAUACAAACUUUUUCAUUGAUGUGGCAAUAUUGUAUUAAGUUUUUUUAAUUUGUGUACUUACAUUGUAUACAGACAGGAUUGUUGUGGUAUUAAUUUAAAUAAAAAAUUAUAUAAAAAUGGAAUUGGACUGGCAAAAUGGAUUUCAGCAAAUAAAGGAGCGAGGCCUUUAUUUAUUACAGUCGGAAAAGUGGUCUGAUUGUAAAUUUCUUGUUGGCACUGCUCCAAAUCAACGUAUUCUUUGUGGACACAAACUAAUUUUAGCUAUGUCUUCGCCUGUUUUUGAACGGAUGUUCUAUGGUAAUCUACCUGAUGAGAGUGAUCCUAUAUUAAUACCUGAUGUACAGCCCGAUGCCUUUCAAGCUAUGUUGGAGUAUAUAUACUCCGAUCGCAUUAGCAUUAGCUCAUUUGACAAGGCCUGUGAGUUAUGUUACGUUGCAAAAAAAUAUAUGCUACCGUAUGUUGUAGAGCAGUGCACCCAUUUUCUCUGGGCAGACUUGAGUCCCAAAAAUGCAUGCCGUGCUUAUGAAUUCGCUAAGUUAUUUGAUGAACCACGUUUAAUGCAGAGCAGUAUGAGUAUUAUAGCAGCAAAUACACGUGAUGUUUUAGCCGAUCCCAGUUUUGUUGAUAUAGAAAUUUCAACAUUAAUGGCUAUUCUUGAUCAAGACCGAUUAAAUAUUACGUCUGAGUUGGAGCUUUUUAAUGCUUUAGUGAAAUAUGCUUCUGAUCGUGCACUUUUUGUUGAAAAUGAAUGUGUGCAGAUGACGGCUUCUACAUCGUCAGAUAAGGGUUCAUUGCAACACUCUUUUGAUAUAGAAAAUAACACAUCCGAAAUUGUAGAGAUUAAAAUGGAACCGGACGUUUCCAGCCUUGUUCAUAACCGACAAGAAAACACUGAUACUAAUCAGUUAGUGGAAGACGUGGUUGUUGUUGAUAAUGAUACUGCCGGUACAUACGAAGAAAAAAAUAGACAUAUAACGGCAUCAUCAGAAAUAAGUAUGGUUUCGUCAUUUACUUGUACAAAUAAUGAUAUUGAUGAAGCACUUAUACGUCAAGCUGUUCAAAAGAUACGUUUUCUUACACUCACGCCACAGCAAUUUGCUGAAGGUCCUGCACGUUCUAAACUUCUGAAACAGCAUGAAGCUCUGGCAAUUCUCAUUAAAAUUUCAAGUCCAACUAUUAAUGACUGUCCAAUGCCCGAAGGUUUUUGCAAUUCCAGAACCAGUCGGGAAUAUUAUGAAACACGAAGCCAACGAGAUGUACCAUCAUAUCAUCGCCCUACUUCAUCCAACGGUCCUGCAGUAUUUGCUCCAUUUGAAAAUAACACGGGAAAUACAAUAUCUAUUGUAACAACGACUCCUCAAUCAUCAUCUUCCAAUAAUAUAAGUACUUUCCAAGGUGGUAGUGACUCUGAUUUAACUACAAAUGACACCCGACGUUCGUACUGUGUUCGAACGCUAAAUCAACAAUUUGACUAUAGAAAUACUAGUGUUACUGAUUGCGGACUAACCUUUCAAGUGGAUAGUAAUAUAUGGAUAACAGGUGUUCAAGUGCCAACUCAGGUCCUUUGUGGAGAGCUUAUGAAUUCGGCUGGUUUUUCUGAGAGAUAUACGGAAAUUCUAUAUGCACAUAUUCAAGAUAUACAAGGAUCAAGACUUACUUAUACACACUGUACAUCACGUGUUCGAUAUGAUUCAUUGCUAGAAAUAACGUUUGAUCGACCAGUAUAUGUUUAUCGAAAUUUAAUAUAUAAGGUGUAUGUAGUUUUCAACAAAGUUGGGUGGUAUCCAAUGUAUACUUGCGUACCAGAUGUAGUGUGUAAUAGAGUAAAAUUUAUGUUCAAUGUAGGUAAUCCAAGUGAAUCAGUUAGAGACGGAUUAAUUCGAGCAAUUGUUUUUUCUACACCACAAGAACAGUCAAGAUGUCUUAUGGAAUAAGUCACAAGAUGCAUUUGUAUGUUGCAGACGUAUAAUCAUGAAAUGUUAGAGUGGUUUUACAUUUUGCAUCCGUGGUACAUACAUAUAUUAAUUUAUUAUUUUUUAGUGCAGUUAUUGCAAGUAUUUUUCUGUUUGAUUAGUAUAGCUUAAAAUAAUGAAUGUUUAACAAACAAACUAAAAUUUAUAUAUACUCAUAUACAUAUAUAUGUAUAGUAUAUAUAUUAAUAGCACAUAAAAAGUAAUUACUAAAAUUUAUUAAAAUGUAAAUUAAUUCUAACGUAAAUAAAAAUGUUGUUAUUGAUUAUCGCCCUGUUUUGUAGCAACAAGUAAGUAUUGCCAUUUGUCUGCAGAAGCCGGCUCUUGUUUUAUUUAGUUUAAAUAAAUUUCUAAAUCAGGCAACUGCUCAAGACCAAUACAAUGUCUAUUAAGGUAGUAAUAUGAACUAACAUU